GAUGAUGAAGCAACACGAUGAUGCCAACGAAGCAGCGGAGGGUGCCGCUGCCGCCGCUCCUGCUGGCGGUGUCGAUCGGGUGCCCAAGGUGCGACUGGAUGUGCUGACUUCGCGCCUGCUGCACGAGCAAGACUACGGCGAGCUCUCCUCGUCCUCCUCGCUCUCCUCCAACAUUUCUAACGCCUUCGACGCGGCAGCUGCGACGACCACCACCUUCAACACGGUGCCGCGCAUGCCGCUGUCCGCCCUGGCGAAGGCGGAGGCGCAGCUGAAAAAGCCGGUGGCGCUCUCUCAUGGGGGGCUGACGACCAACUUUAGCAGGGAGGACAUUCAGCACAUUACGGACCCCGACGUGCUUCGCUACUUAGCCGGCGACGCGUCGCCAAACGCGCCGGUGCGUUCUUCCCCGCCGCCGCCGCCGCCGCCAAGCGCGCCGAAGUCAGAGAUGGAGGCUCACAUGGAGGCGCUGCAGAGGGAAAUCGACACCUUCAUUACGGCCGUCGACAACGAGGGUCGGAGCUACGAAAUACGCAUCGGCGCUUCCGGCGGCAGAGAGGUGCUGAUCGCAGACGAGGAGCCCGACGCGGCUUCAGAGGAGAACGAGGAGGAAGAUGAAACAGAAGCCGCAGGGCCUGAGCAGCCCGCACCUCCAUCAUCUCCAGAAGCCGCCACGGUGGGACGCUCCCCUCCACCACAGGAAAAACCACGAUCGGCCACCACAAGUGCUCCACCGCCCCUUCCGCGCAAGUCGCCGUUCACUGCAGCGCCAUCGCAGCAGAGGCGGCCCGCCACCGAGAAGAGUGCGCGGGUGCGGACACGUCCACAACACAAACCGUCGCCUCCAGCACCUGCAGCGUCGUCCUCCAGUCGCGCAACGGCUGCGGCGCAGCCCCCAACCAUUCCUGUCCGACCGCGGGCGGGUCUCACAGAGGCAGAGGAAGGGCGGGUGGCGCAGCUGCUGGACGGCGACGUUUUUGCGGCGCUCACGGCGUCAAAUCCGUUUGCGUGUCGGCAUGAGUUGGUGGAGAAGUUGGGCGAGCUGGACGAGAAAGCCCGACGCUACGCGGCGAUCCGCGACGGACAACAAGUUUUCUCCGCACUUGGAAGAACACCGAGUGCUUCGCACGAUGGCGACGUUGCUCCUCGUGACGGUGCUGCCGCCGGAGACUCCACUUCAGCUCCCACGGCCACCGAGUUGGGCAACGCCUACAUGCGAGACACCCAUCAAGCUGAACAGACGACACAGCAGCUGCGCAGCGUCAACGAGCGGCUUCGUGCCCUACAGCGUCUCAAUGAGGCCCUGGCCCUGGCCCCGGCCGAUGACACGCCGGCUGACGUUCUCGCUCUGCGCCCCGCCUGGGCCCGGUCACCGCCGCUCUCCGUGGAUGAAGCGGAGGUGCAACGGCUGCUGGCCGCGGCACGCGCAGAGGAGGUGAAGGCCCGAGAGGUGGGUCUAGCAGAAACCACCCUCCCUCCCGUUGCAGAUCCGUAUGCGCGGCUGCGUGGUCAGCUGCAAGAAGCCAGUGGCCGAGCGAUGGAGCUGCUAAAGAUGUACGACGCGACUCCACCUGCUUUACGCCGAGCACCUUCACCACUGCGUGACGGCACAGAGGAGUCCCCCAACGAUGAAUAG